CUCUGUUUAAGCCCUAUCUAACCAAUCUCUUCUCGCCGCCGACAGGAGUAAUGAAACAUUCUCCAAAAGAGCCAUCUCUCCAUCUGAAGCAAGUACAAAUUUCUGUAGCAAAAUCUUUUCUUGCUAUCCGCUCUAUGGACAAAAAUUGCAACCAUCGAAAUUGUGUUCUUUUUCUCCCGCCGUAACUUGUAUUAAGCUACGAAUGAGCGCAACACAGGUCGAAGUUUUAACCGGCAGUACUUUUAGGCAGAUAAAGAAGCUUUGGACGAUAUCGAUACAUCUGGAGAAAAAGGAAGGCCUAACUAAACUGGGCUCUAGGAAAUGGAGCUACUGCGUCUCAAAACUUUCUUUACAAGUUCUUUCAACUCUAUGAUACUGACUUCCGAUACCGGCUCACUGAUUUGGAAAUCUCAGAUGAUCUAUAAUGAAGCCUCUUGGGGUGUUAAGCACUUAUACACUCACACACACUUUAGCAGUCACGUACGUAGUUUAAUCCAGCAUAUUGUUGAGCACCCAGUUUCUUAAACAACUAAAAUAAUCAAUAAUUGGGUCACACGCGUUUUACAAACGGGCCAACUGCCUUUAACCAAAAAUUGCUGGCGAUCUUGUAAAUAUUUACAAUACAGCCGUGAUGGCAAACGCUACAUUUCAGCUGCCCUGCGCGGCACAAAGCGUCGGCACAGUUAAUAGCCUGGUCUCCACAUUGAUCCAAACGAUACUAACGGCACAAUGUGCUAUUUCCGCUAAGUCUGAUUGGCCACAAGAUUAUGCCGAUAAAGCACUAAAGGAGAGAUUGGGAAAAUACGAUUUCAUAGUGAUAGGCGCCGGCUCGGCGGGUUCGGUUGUAGCGAGUCGUUUGAGUGAGAAUCCCAAGUGGAAAGUGCUGGUGUUGGAGGCGGGCGAUGAUCCACCGCAGGAGUCAGAGAUACCCAGCAUGAACACUUUUCUGCAACAAACUCGUUAUACCUGGGACUACUAUUCAGAGCCACUUGCACACAUUUGCCUAGGACUAAAAGGUCGUUUAUGUUACAAUCCUCGUGGUAAGCUUAUAGGUGGCUCAGGUGCAAUCAAUGGUAUGGUGUAUGUAGAGGGACAUCCAAAGGACUUUGAUGAUUGGUUGGCCGCAGGUAAUACGCAGUGGGGUUGGGAGGAUGUGAAGCGUUAUUUCAAGCAGGCGCUGCGCCCAAUGGGUAAUGCCACACACCCAAAGGGUUAUGUAGUAGUGAACGUAAAAAAUGCAUCCGACAAUCUACUAGUGUAUAAUGCAAUUUUUAGUGCCACAGCAGAGUUGGGCGUGCCCGCGAAGUUGGAGUUUAAGAACGGCAUAGAAAUAAGCACAACAUUUCUACCAGUAAUGCUUAGUGAAGGCAAACGCAUGUCCACAGGUAAGGUGCAUUUGGCCAAAGUGUCCGGGCGCCCCAAUUUACACGUCAUCAAAAAUGCGCAUGUUCGCAAAAUCCACUUCCAUCGCAACAACAAGCGCGUCAAUAAGGUUACAUUUGUGCUACGCGGCAAGCAUGAGAUGAGCGUAGAAGUGCGCAAGGAGUUGGUACUUUCAGCAGGCACCAUGGACUCACCCAAGUUGUUGAUGUUAUCUGGUGUGGGACCACGCAAGCAUCUUCAACAGUUGCGCAUACCAGUGGUGCAUGACUUGGCUGUUGGCUCCAAUUUGUGCGAUCAUUUGAUGGUAGCGGUCUAUUUCAAAGUGUAUAAUGAAACUUUAGAUAUAUGGGGCCAGGCAGGAGGCACAGAUCCUUUUUAUGAUUUUCUAGUACGCAAUGACAGCCGCACCUUUAGGGGCCCCAGUGGCUUAGUUUCUUUCGUUAAUACCAAAGGCGACGGCGAUAUUCCAGAUAUUCAAUAUCAUUAUUUGUUUUAUCGGCGGGGUGAUGUGAAGCCCUUGCAAAGUUAUUUGAUCAGACGCGACGAAAAAUUCACGGCAGUCUUAAGUGAGCAAUUGAAGAAGUCGAGCUUGCUACUUUUCAUGAUGAUGCUAUCCAAGCCACGUUCCGUUGGCAAAAUACGAUUGCGGAGUAACAAUUAUUUGGAUCAUCCGCGCUUGUUCUCGAACUACCUUGACGAUCCUGAAGACUUGGCGACUACUUUGCGCGGUAUACGCUUUCUUGAACACUUAGCGCGCACAAAGGCUAUGCGCGAACUGAAUGCGACCCUAUUGCAUAUACCCCUCGAAGAAUGCGAUGAGUACAAGUACCGCUCGAAUGCAUAUUGGCGUUGCUAUGUUAAAUAUUUUGGUGAAGCGGGUUAUCACCAGACUGGCACUGUGAAAAUGGGUCCGACCAGCGAUCGGGAAGCGUGUGUAGAUCCACGUUUACUCCUCUAUGGUGUGAAGAAUUUACGUGUAGCGGACGCAAGCAUAAUGCCGACUGUGCCGCUAGCAAACACGAAUGCGCCGACGAUUAUGAUUGGUGAAAGAGCGGCCGAUUUCAUAAAACAAGAUUGGAAGAAAGGCAAAGUGAGGGAAGAAGGAGAGUAUGGGGAGGAUGAGGAGGAGGUGAAGCUAAAAAGGCCGUAAGAGUGGAUUUCAUAUAUUAAUAUUCAAACGUUUUUGCCACAAUAAAUGUAAUUUCAUUUAAUCCCCUUUUCAAAAUAAAAUAUUGUCAACUGA